AUUUUAAAUGCAUGUGCAGAAUCUCCAAAUUAUGUUCUUUCAGGUUUGUCAUGUCAUUUUGAAAAUAUGUCAGUGUUGAUGUUUUCUGACUGUUGCGGUAAUGAGAUUUUUUAGGAUUAAUUUUUUAAAAUUAUGUUACAAAAGGUGUUAAAUGAUAAGGAAAAGUUUUAAAAUUAAUGUUCCCAUUUACUCCAGACUUUGUUUUUCAAUGUCUGGUGGGAAAAAAGUAAAUUUAAGCAAUUUUUACAUUUUCAUGCUUGACAUGUUUAAAACCAAGUUUUCGUGAGAAUCACCCGGAUAGAAGACGUUAGCAGAUGGCCAAAAAUAAAGUUGCCAGAUACAUAUACGUAUAUUAGUGUAUUAUAUUAGUGCAACUAAACGCAACAACCAGACAUUUUGAUGCUGGGAAACCGUUUUAAUAAACUUUCUGAGUUGCUAACACAUUAGAACCAAUGGGAAACAACACCACUUCUGUUGCCUAAAUGCGCACGCAGGCUAUUUGAUCACGUGAGCUGUAAAAGGGUCUAUAAAGAAAACAGAAGUAUCAUAGCAACCAAAGCGCUCAGCUGACAAAAAGCUGGCAAGAGCCUACAGCCGGCAUCCGCUUGAUUUAAGUGUUUGAACUGGUUACACUGCUUUGAACAGUUUUUAAAUGGUCCCAUCUGCAGCAGAAGCUUGUGCAAAUAUUCUAUCUUGUACCUAUCAUUUAGCCGCUUUUUGAUCUAACAGAUCUCAAUCUACCGUAUGUGAUUGGAUUUUGAUUUGAUUUAAUGUUUUUUUUAUUAAAGGGGACAGUGCAAUUUCAUAAAACACAUGAACAAACAUGGUUAAAAAAGCCAUAAUUGUAUUUUUCAUCUGUAGUCCCCUGUCCAAGAUGUAAAAAGCAUUAAAAUACAAACGAGAAAAUACAUUUACACGUCUAUGGCAAAUUGACUACAAUAUGACACUAUGUAAUAAUUUAAGGUACACUGUACCUGUUACAAUAAUAAGACACACACAAACAAAACACAUUUUCAAAAGGCUAUAAUAUAUCAAAUAGUUAAUACAGCUCAAUAGGCUCGGCUUUUAAUGUUGUCAAACAUAAUUGUCAAUAAGCCAGAUUUUCAAUUGUUUUGUAAAGGCCUUGUAAGUGUUAAGCUGUCUAACCUCCUCAGGUAUAAACCUGAACAUAAAUGGAUCCAGAAUACAGGACAAAUAAGAGGAUUUAUCCUUCAUUUAAAAACAUAGAUAACUCAGACUUUACAUUUUUUUUGGGGUGAGCUAGAUUUAGUGCCAACUAAAAAGGCUCAUAACAACAUACCAAAUUGCUGCGUAGCUUAGCAACUGUAAAUAGCUUCCAUUUACUGAGUUAUACGGACUAUAACCACUUACGUCUAUGCAUUACAGUGAUUUUGCUAUUGUGAAGGAUUUUUUCCAAACAUCCCUCACUGUGGUAAUGUCACAUGCCUACUUGUCUUGUACAGUACUUUUAUUCUAUAUUUCUGCUUUUUCCAGUUUCCUGUUUCUCCUUUGCUAUUGUCUUCCCCUGGUUCUGGCUAGAUAGGAUACAGCUACAGCCUAAAUCUAGUGAGAUGUUGGGUUUGGGGGUAGGAUUAGGGAUACAGCUGUGGAUUUUUGCCGUAGCUGUAUCCCUUCUAGCCUGUGUUUUGUUACCCUGGUUAGGUGAAACCCUCUUGUUUGAUGUCUUCAUGGCUUGAUCUUCUUGUUUUUUGGACUGCAAUGUUAACCCCUCAAGUAUGAUUGGUUUUGGGUGUGAUUUGUGUAUUUCAUGUUUGCCUUAGGGAUUGAAUGGUAAUUGGCACAAGUGGUUUAAUGUCGUCAGAUGACUGUUUGGGAACAGCAGAUUCUUGACUCACCAUCACCUGACUUGUGUUACUUGCUUGCAGUUGUGGUGCAGUUCGUGGAAAAUCCUUGUAGUGACAACAAUAUUUCAAUGUGUGUCUAAGAGAGAGAGAUCUUUAUGGGUGGCUAAACAUACAAGUGUACUUUAACCUUUCCCACACAGGAAAAAGGUAAACAAAUACUGGACCUCGGAAUUCAUGUGAUCUUGACCCCUUGGGGAAUUCUGCCACUUAACCACAGCUGGAACCAAAAUACAUUUCUAUUUUACCAAUGUGCAUUGAUCAGUAAAACAAUUGACCGUUAUAUUAAGGUUUUUCCCUGUGGACUUUUUACAAACUUUCAGCUCCAUGUUUUCACGUUGGUGAAACUGUUUUGGUCUUUUUAUGGUUUUAUGAAUUUUAUUGUAAUUGCCUGCAAUUCAUUGUGCAGUAAAAAAAUCAUAGGCGUACAGUACCGGACACUUUCAAAGAGUUUGGAUCGGCUUAUCUUGUGGGUGGUCUAUAAACAGAUUCGACCUGUUGUAAAGAAUUAAAUGAAUGCACAGCUCCUCCACACUUCUGCAAAACUAGCAGUGACUCACUCAGAAUGUGACUGUGGAUUUGUUUGUUAGUCUUGAGAAAAAUGUACGGCAUUAUAAAGUUCAUAGUUAUAAUUCUUUCAGUCCUUUGUCAAGAAAGAUUCAUGGCUUGUCAAAAGACAUCAGAGUGACCAUGGAAUGCAGUUGGAAUGCCGCUGUAAAUAUACGUCGGAAAUGUUUUGAAUUGCAGUUCAUUGAGUUGCAUGAGGUUGCUUAUCAUCGAAACCAUCUUUAAAUCAAUGGCUGAGUCCAAUUUAGCAAGCUAAUUUGCAAUUAUACAUACAUUUGCUAAUAGGAUAUGUUUACUGAUAUAAUUUGUAUUUGCUAUGUGACAGAUGUGUCACAAGACGUUUAAGAGGAAGAAUCUAAACAGAAUCUCAUCAUCACAAGGGUUACUUUAGUUUAGUGUCUAUCUGUAUUUGACUUCUGUCUCCACCUGGCGACCAAGAGGCGAAUUGCAGCUCUAUUAGUUUGGUCUGAAGAAGACCCCUGCAUCGAUUACUCCCUGAAUACCUAUUAGACUAGUAAGUCUGACAUUUACUCAGCUUUUAUGCUUAAUUGAAAAAAUCUUUGUUUACGCUCCUCGUUGAUACAAAUUAUUUUGUUUUGGUCAUCACGCUACGCAACACAUUUGAAUAUUAUGACAUUUGGUUUCUGGUGCUUUUCAAACGCUGAUCUAUAAUAAGUUCUCGUAUAAUUUAGUGUAUUAAUAUAGUGUAUAAUAUAUUUAUUACACAACGGAUGUUAGUAUGAGUUUAGCUUUUAGCCGGGCUCCCCGAAAGACCGCGGGAAACCGCAUGUCGAGACUGCUGGAUGCAGAAGAGGAAGAUGACUUCUACAAGACCACCUAUGGGGGAUUUCAUGAUGUAUCAGGCGAUGAAGAGUAUAAGGGUGACCUCUCUGAAACUGAGGACGAGGUGGACAGUGACUUUGACAUUGAUGAGGGUGAUGAACCUAAUAGUGAGCAUGAGGACGAUGGACCACGCAGGAAGACCAGAGUGGUGACCAAAGCCUAUAAGGAGCCUGUUAAAGUGGUCCGGCAGAAACCAAAACAAAGAAAACUGACCGAACUGCCCAGGAGGACAGACAAGGCAAAAACUGACAAAUACAACCCCCCUGAACUACAGGAGGACAUCAGCAGAAACAGGAAGUCUGUGCGUCAGUCCACGACAGAACACACGCGACUGACGUACCUGAGGCUGCAGGAGAGACAAGUUGCUCCACGUCGAAGGAAGGCAAGACAUGAGCGACCUUUGACCCAGGCUGAACUUUUGGCAGAGGCCAAGGUCACAGCAGAGAUGAAUCUACGAUCACUGGAAAACUAUGAGCGUUUAGAGGCCAAUAAGAAACGGCAGGUCCAUAUGAAACGACAGUGUGUGGGUGCUGUUAUACGGUAUCAGUCUGUGCUCAUGCCAUUGGUGUCUGACGUCAGUCUUAAAGAGGAAAACGUGGAUGUUGAGGGGUUGGACCAGGAUGCCCAACUAAAUCCAGGACCCCAAGUUUUCUCCCAAUCAGAUUCAACUCCUGCUGCACCACCUAGUGUCCAAUCCACCAAUGCUUUUUCUGUAAAUACACCUCCACCAGGAACUGCCAAAUGCUCCCGUACCUACAUUACAUUCAGCGAUGAUGAAACCUUCCAGCGCUGCUUUCCUCAAUCCCCAGCUCCUCGCAUUCCCGUCCAAGAGGUCUGCCCCGUUACCCAUAAGCCUGCGCUCUAUCGAGACCCCAUCACGGACAUUCCUUACGCUAAUGUACAAGCCUUUAGGAUCAUCAGGGAGGCUUACAAAAAAUAUGUGGCUGCUCACGGCCUGCCCUGCACUGCCACAGCGACUCCAGCUGACACUUCUGUGAAAAAUCUCAGACAGAAGAUCGUUAUUAAACAAGGGAUGGCGUAAAAUAAACAAGGUUAAAGAUGUGAAAAGGAAAGAGGUCGCCCAGGUCAGACAGUGUAGGUUAAUUGAAGUUUCACAAAUCUAGUAUUUAGUCUGUUCUUUGGUGUCAUACGACUGCAUUAAACUGUUGGCUAUCAAAUAUCUAAUGUAAUACAUACUUUAAACUAAAACUUUUUCUUCAGCCCUAAUGAAAAAUCCAGCUAAGACUAGCAAAAGCUGGUGAGCUGGUUUUAGCUGGUCUCCCAGCUUGGUUUAAGCUGGUAUUGCUGGUGUAGCAAGCUGGUCUUGAUGUGUUUGAUCACUUUUUAAGCUGGUCUAGCUGGACAGGCUGGAAGAUCAGGUGAACCACCAGCUUUGCCAGGCCCGGGAGGACCAGCUUAGACCAGCUACUGCCACCUUAAACCAGCUACCAGCUUAUGAUGGUCUUUGCUGGAUUUUUCAGGUAUGGAUUUAUUAUUUAUAUUUGCAUUGUUGUAUUUGAUUGUAAAAGUGAUGUGUUAAUAUGUUUAAAAUAGCAUAAUAAAUUGCGAUUUGAUUUAAAGUAAAUUUAAAGUAGUACUUUAUUGAAAUUUUGUUUAGUUACAAAAUUGCCAAAGCAUUAUAGAUAAAAAAGCAAUGACAAGAAAAACACAGUGCACAAUAGCAACUACCAAAAAUAUGGUAGUUAAAAAAGAUAACUAGAUAAUAUUGAAGUGCCAAAUUGGAGCUGAAUCUAGUGGGCGGGGCAGCAUCACUUGCGCAGGCGCAGAUGUAGUUCGUUAAAACUAACCGUACAGCGUUUGUCAAGUACUCCGGAGUAUCGCACGGUAAGAAAACUGAAAUUUAAGAAAACCUGAACUUUAAUAUGCAUAUAAAAUCUUACAUUUAUCGCUGUCUCGACGUGACUUUCGGGAGUAGGUCAACGUUCACGUAAAACACUUGAUAGUGCUAACAUUCUCCCAUAGAUAUAUACACUAGAUGUCGCCUUCUAAGCAUGCGUCAAAACCGCCGCCAUCUUAGAACAGGAGUCUUACUUUUUUUCUGGAUUCAAUGCUAAAUGUAAGAAAUAUAACAAGGAAUGAACCCAAAUGCAGACGUGACAAAAAUAAGUAUUUUAUUAACAAAAACAGGGAAAACAAAACCCACAAAGGGGCAAAACAAGACAGGAUAAAUGCAACACUAGACUGACACCAAACUUAACAUAUAACAAACUAGACUAUACAACUUUCAAAUACUCACAGAUGUAGAACACGACAAGGAUAGUAACUAGACGCACGAGCACAGAACAGCAAACACAAGGACAAUAAAUAGAGAGAACUAAUGAGGGACACAGCUGAAAACAAUAGCAAGUAAGGGAGCGGGUAAAAAGUGACGCAGACCCGGGAAAUGCGUGGUCAGAAUAAUUCAAUACUAAAACCACGUAUUUCCCACAUAAAACAUGGUACUGCCAGGACCCUGAACACAAAGACUAGAGCCGUUUCUCAAUACCAAGUACGCCAAACUCGGACUUGUGUCCUUCGUAGUUCGAACUUGCAAGUUCAGACUCGGAAGAACGAACUUCUGACAUGAAAUGCAUUCUGGGAAACUUCGCUGUCAUAAGUCCACACAAGUCUCCUCUGAUGCAUCCUCGAUAAAAUGGGCGGAUCAAGAACACAUCCGGGGAUUUUAUGUGAACUUGGGCUUGAUGCGAACUUUGAAUUGGAACAGUACUUGGGCCGCGACUGAUGACGUUUCACAAGUCCACAAGAACGCAAGUACAGACAAGAACGCAUAUUGAGAAACGGCUUAGAUCUAAUUUAACACAUGAUUCAGACGGGUCCUGACACUAAAUACAUGUCUGACUGUUGAAACGAACCAAAGGAAAACCAAGAACAUCGCGUCCAUAACGAUUUAUGGUGAUUUUUUUUCUGUUACACCAUUGCCUACAUUGACGCUGAUGCGGGGUUCCCCUGUUUCAAGAUGGCCGCUCUAGUUGACGCAUUCGGCUCAAUGAACUGACGUAGCCAAGGCGACAUCUACUGUACGUAUCUAUGACAUUCCCCCAUCCCCCACAAGUGGUGCGUAGUUCAACAAAUUAUUGUAUUUAAAUAUUUGUUGUGCCUGCACAGGUACUGCUGUCUUUCGAGAGAUGCACAGUGUGCUGGAAAAAAAAUCACUGUGCCUACUGUAAAUAAUCUGUAAAUGACCUAUUUUAAUUAUACUCUGUAUUAAAAACAUCAUGUUUGUUGAACCUU